UUAAUUGCUCAUAAAACACCUCCACCAUAGCGCCGUUUUCUUUGUAGUGUUUGUUACAUUCGGCGUUCGUCCCAUUGCAUGAGCCUAAUUGAAUUUGUAAUGAGAGCGAUGGCCAUUUUGCUGGUGAAUAUGUUACCGAAUAGAUCGACUGCCUACAUGGUUGUUGGCACCGUGGAUUGGAGACGGUUAGAAUUUGAUAGCGGCUAA